CAUGACGUAAUUGUAUUGAUCGGCGUUAGGGGAAGCCUAGGUGGAAAAUAGGGUUUGGGUGGGGGAAAAUACAGAAGGUGGCUCAACGAAAGUCGCGCAUUCGCCAAGCCAUUCGCCAUCUUGGACGAGAAAUUUUAGUGGUGUGAUUAUUGUAAAGGAAAAACGAGGAUAUCUUCAUUGGAACGAGGGAGGAGAGUUUAUUUAGUGCCCGAGGGUUCUUCGUUUUGUGCUAUUGUAAUUCGUGCCACCGAGCGUUGAUAGGAAUUUUUUUUAGUUGGAUUCAAAUCCGUUUGUCAAAUAGUAACCCAUUUGGACGGACCAAGGGUCUAAUGGUGGUUUUGGAGGUGAGAAUCUGACAAAGGGUUCGUUCGUUGGGUCUGAGUCGUACUAAAUGGUUGCCUGCAGACAGCAUGUCUACUCUGUCGGGGAUUGUGUCGAAGGGGGAGAAAGGAAAAUCAAAGUUUCAAUCUCUAGAUAUCAAUAGCUUGUACCGGGUCAGCAGGGGAGAAUCUUUGGAGCAGCACCAGCAGAAAAGCACAUUACCACGGAAACAUGGAAUGCAGAGUUUGGGAAAGGUGCCUUCGGCACGGCGUCCACCCGCUAACUUGCCUAGUUUAAAAAGUGAAUACAGCAGCAGUGAUCCAGCUGUCAGUCUAGUACCUAGUGGUGGAAGCGGUUGGGCAACUACUAAGGACUCUUCAUCGAUUACUACUACCUCCACCAACUCUACUUCAGCCCAAUCAUCCGAUAAUUCAACCAACAACUCUUCACCAGCACAAUGUGUGGCUGCAACAACUUCCGCAUCGACACCAUCACAAGAGCCACUGCCAGGCCAACAGCAGAGUGCAUCUCAGUCUCCACAUCCAUCAGAAAUAGGAGGAAAAUCCUCAUGGAGUGCAAUUAUGACGAGACCAGGAGAGUUCGGUACACCCGGCGUUUCAACUGCGGUUGGUUAUGCGGGUCUCGUAGGGGGCGGGAGAACGGGAAGAGGUACCCUAGGACUGAGUUUCCUCGCCCACCAGUCCCCGCAGUUCCAACACGAGUUUCCCAGUCUCAGUGGACAGCCCUCGGUCUCCACUCAGAGCCAGACACAGCAAUCCUCGACAGCAUCAAAUGCAAUAUCUGUAAAUGCCCAGCAUCAGUUGCUACAGCAACAGUCGUAUUCCCACAAUCACGCAGGAGGUGCGUCCGCUGGUCAACAGCAGCAACAGUCUCAACAAAAUCGGGAGCUGAAUGCACAGUACGGUCCUGGUCCGAGCCUACGUCCACAAACGGAGGGAAGCUGGAUCCAAGGUGGAAGUCGUACACCAGGUGCUGGCGGAUCCCCUGGUACUGGGAAUGGAAGUACACAAGUGGGCCAGGUCCCCCAGAUUGGGAGCAUAACGGGGAUAACAGGGAUGCCAGGACAAUCCUCCCAUGCCGACGUGUCAGUUGGCGUUCGUGCCAACUUGGGCCAAUCGCCGGUAACGGUUUCGGUCCAGGGAGGCCAGACUCCCUCAACGACCUCUCAAAAUUCAUCAGCCCAACCUGGCCAAAAUCUCCACCACUACCGUGGCUUAAUUCCCCAAUUCAUGUGCAGAGGAAAUUUUCCACCAGGUGGAUUUCCCUCUCAAUUUCCAUCUAACGUUAGCUCCGGUGGACCACGUCCACGCUUCAAUAAUUCCAAUGAUCGUCCAGGCCCUCCACGUCCUAUUGAUCGUGAUCGUCCCCACUCGCAGCAUGACGAUGAGGUACUCAGUCGUCCAAUUAUCAAGGAGGAGGAUCUUACGAGAAUGGAUGACAUAUCUCAUGAGCCAGGAUGGGCAGCUCACGAUGACAUUGACUAUAAUCAGAAAUUGGCAUUCAGUGAUGACGAGCCUGAAAGUGAAACCCCCGUUAAAAAAGAGGAGAGAAAGGACUCCAGGAAGGAGGACAUCAAGGAGGAGAAACCAGUUACUGACACUGGUGGCUCCAUUCACGACGACAAGGACAUCCUGGCCCGACCCAGAGACAAUCGUGACUCCAAGGAGAAUCGAGAAAUGUCUCAUCGUCCCUGGCAGCAGCAGUCCCAGAGUCGCAACGACUAUCGCACCGGCUCCAAUGGCACCACUAUUGCCCCACGGGACUACAAUUCAACACCUCAAUCUCAGCCACGUACCUCUCAUCCCCUCCGUGGUGUUGAGGAGGAGGAGAUAUGGAAUCAGCGACGCAAAGAACAGGGUGAGAAGGUUGCCUCAGCGGUAGAGCGUGCACGCCAACGUAAGGAAGAGGAGGAGAAACGUUUCCAGGAGCAAACCAAACAGGGAGCGGCCAAGAAACUCCAGGAUCUCGAGAACAAAUUGAAACAGAACAAAGCCAAAAUUGAGGAUGAAUCACCAGCUCCUGAGCCCAAGGGACUCAUUACAGUACCUCCUGUGCCGAUUCCUGUUCCUGAGUGGGAGAGGGAGCGUGAGAAUCGAGAGCGCGAGAAUCGCGAACGCUCGAGAACUUCGUCAGAGGGAAAAGACGAGAAGCCCCUGAAUCGUGAUAGAGAUGAAUUCAGGGGUAAUUUUAUGAGACAGGAGGGAAUAUCUCGGGCUGAUCGAGAGAGAGAGCGUGACAGGGAUCAGCGAGAGCAGAGAGACAACAGGGAUCGUGAUCAACCAGCCUUUUCACGACACUUUCAGAGCAAUUUACCACCUCGUUUCCAGAAACAGCAGGCAGAACGUGGCUCUGGUUACAACAGAGUAUCACCACCCAGUGCUGACAGGACUCUAUCAUCACCGAAUGUCACCAGCGUUCCCUUCUCCCAGCAGUAUGAUCCAGGCAGAUGGUCAUCAGGUAGUAUAAAGCAAUCUCACUCGAUGGCCCAGCGGAGAAAUCGUGUCGAUUCUGAUCAUGGAUUAUCCAGCCCUCUCGAUGAGGAGCCUAGGCCACCGUCACGUGAUUAUGGAUCACAUGGACCUCAUGGACGACCUCGUGAGGGUGAUCGAUUCAGACACAUGCAUCAUCUCUUUGAUUCGAGAAAAUCCGGCUACCACGAUGAUUAUCGUGCCUACAAAAAUGAUCACGAGGAUAGACAUGCCAGAGAAUUUUGGGAUAGGGACAGGGAGAGGACGUACGAGGAGAAAAGGGAUAUACGUCCCAGGGAGUCCAGAGAGCCUAGAGAGCCCAGAGAGCCCAGAGAGCCAAGGGACUCGAGAGACUCGAGAGACUCGAGAGACUCGAGAGACUCAAGAGAUUCGAGAGAUUCGAGAGAUUCGAGAGACUCUAGAGAUUUUCGAGAGAGGGAGGAAGUAAGAGACGUCAGGGACAAGGAUAUUCGUGGUCGCGAUAAGGAUUACGAUAAACCCAGGGAGUUUGAAUCGAAGGAAUACGAGUGGGUUAAGUCACCAGCGACUGAUGAUGAUCGUGAUCGAUCUGAGUCUACUGACUGGUCGGCAGAGGCUCGCAGAAGUGAUGAGAGAGACCGGAGGGAGGAGAGGAUCGAGAGGAGUGAGCGUCCACAGCGGCCAGACUCGAGGGACUCUCGAGCUUCACGAGAAUCAAGAACUUCUCUAAGGGAUGAUGACUCUCACAAGACCCGGGACUCAACGUCCUGGGCCCAUGAGAUGUCGGAUUAUGAGGAGAAGAGGCAGUGGGAGAGGGAGGAUUACAGAGAGCGCGAGAGGGAUAGGCGUGCACCACCAGGGCCGAUUACUCGGGAGAAGCUGCAGGCUGAGGAGCUCAAGGCGGAGAAACGAGGGCUCACGCAAAUGAAGAGGCUCGAACACGAGAAAAAGGAGAGCCCCAAGGAAGAGAUGAAGAAGGAUAAGGAGCCUGAUAUGUGGAAUAGAAAGCUUGAGAGAACUCCAGAAGCCGCUAGGGGUGAACGCAGUGAGGGGCCGAAUUGUGCCUGGGCCGAUGCUGUCUCACCGACCUUUGAGAAGGACGAGGAAAAGGUUGAGACUGUCGGCAAGGAGGAUAAGGAGCCUGAGAUGGAGAUCAAGGAGGCAAUGGAUAAGAUGAGUAUCGAUAAACAGGAUGAGCCUCAUAAAGAGGAAUUGAAAGAUGAUAAACGAGACAAGAAUGUUCGAAAUAGAACGAACAGCAGUGGCUCCAGUACCAGAGGACGAGAGACAAGGGGAGGUCGCACUUGGGGCGGAUACAACAUGUACUCGUGCUGGAGAGGGCCAGAAUUUCGAGGAAGACGUGGUACUGGCUCCAGGUCAAUGGGACGACCUGGAUCAGCCAAGAGUGGCUCCUAUGGGGGACACACAGACUCUGACAUUAGUGGUGAUGAGGUCUCAGGCUCCGUUGAAUUAGGCAAGGAUGACAGGAUGAGGUCUGGGGUAACGAGUAAAGCAGUAGAUGCGCAGAAAUCCGAGAAGGACGAGCGCAACAGAGAGGUUACGAGGAGGGAGGAUAAACGAGGGGAUUAUGCCAGUCAAGGGCGUGGUGAUAAGAGCUCUAAUUAUGAAGCACGUCCUAGGGAGGGUUUUGCACCCUCGGGGGAACCCUCACGACGUGGUAGGGGUGGUGCUAGGGUGAGAGGCUCGACACUGGGGGCCAGAAUGGAGGGCUAUGGUCCACCGCCCAGCAAAAGUCCUUUUUCUUCCGAUAGAAACACUGAGGACAAACAGCCGCCACAAACACCUCAAAACCCUUCCACCGGGGAUGACAACAGCAAUCACAACUCAUCUGAAUCUGCUGAUGAUAAAAUUAUCGCUAAACAGCAGGCACUCACUGCCGGAAUUACUGGUAUGCCUGGCAGGCGAAAUAAAUCGCCAAAUUUGCUGAAUAAUCAGAAUGCUGGCAAGGGCCAGAAAAAAGAAGACAAAAGGACGAGAAGUGGUAGCCGAAGGCGAAGAGAGAACAGGGAGAGAAUUCAUCAGAGUUCGAGCGCUGUUAAGCAAAAUUCAUCGGAUGUUGGCAAUGAGGAGUGGGAAACUACUUCGGAAAAUAGCGAGGAGCACGGUGAUGAUCAUAAAGACAGGGCCCAUAAGAGUUUUUCUGGGAGGCAGGGACCCUCAGGGCCACCGAGAAGAAAUGAUCAGGUGAAUAAUAGAGACAAGUCAAUGAAUAAACCCUCCAGCAGUGGCUCGAGAGCUCCCAGGCAGAUGGAUAAACGUCUACAGGGUAUCAGUAAUUUUCCCAAUCAGAGAAAUCACUUUCCCAUGAGCAUGCCACCUCAGGGGGCCUCGAUGCAGCCACCAAAUAAUCAAAAUGGUAGACCCAGAAGCCAGGGAUCAGCCAAUAGUCAGCACUCGUCCUCAUCAAAGAGUACCAGUGGCAAGGAAACCACUGUUAACAGAGUCGAUGAGAUUAAGCUGAAUGAUGCCAAUCUAGUGGACCAGGCGUUGAAAGACAUGGGUUGGAAAGCUGGAGGUAAGGAGAAAAAAGCGGACAUUGAUGGUGAGUUAGAUUUGUCAGCCUUCGCGCUAGAUGAUGGAAACAACAGCAUUGAGGAGUUGAAGCUCGACACUGAUGGAUUUCAGGAAGUCAGAUCCAAGAAAAAUCUGAAGGAUCCAUCGAGGCAUGGACCAAAGGAUGAGGCUAAACCGCCCAGGAGGGAUAAGGAAAAGGAUAGAGAGCGCGAUCGUUCAAAGUCCAAAUCCAAUGGACAGCCAACAACUCAGCAAGUCCAAAAUAUUCCACCUCUCCUUGGCCAGCCCAUUCCUCAACCUGCCAACAUGCCACCCAAGGCUUUUGACAGGAAUUCCAAUCGCCAGAAACUGGCACCCAGACUGCAAAAGCAGAAACUCGCUAGACAGCAAGCACAGCAGCAGAGACAGGUCGAGGGUGGCAAUGGAGAGACGAAAAUCAACUCGAUUGGUCACUCAAAGGACUCGACUGGACAGACACCAGCUCCACCGUCUGUCAAUGCCUGGGAUAAACCAUUCACCAGUCAAAUGCGGGCUAAUUCCCCCAAUUCCAACGUUCCAGCUGAUAUUCAAUUAAUGUCAGGCCUCACUGGAUCCAAUGAGCACUCGCACGAGGGUAAUGACCACGUAAACAGCAGUGGAAGCAGCCAGAGAAAUUCACCCAGUGCUGAUAAGGCACAGAAGGGAAUGAAGGAGGUGAGCUCUGAUAAAAAUGUCUCCGACACUUCCUCGCCACCUGUUCAAACUUUGAUUUUUGAGAAUACUAAUUAUUCCAAGGGGGGCAAAAGCGCUUCGGAAAUGGCGAUAAAGUCUAAAUUUUCCAAUCACAUGAAGCACGGUGGAGCUAGGGAUAAGAGAGAGAUGGAGGAUGAGGGACAUCUUCAGCAGCAACAGCAGCAGCAAGCACUGGCUGUUGCAUUUGCCAAUAAAUUGAAUGAACCGCUAAAGGAAAAAAGCCCUCAAGAACCCAUUCAGAUGCCUUUGUCCUUCAACAAGACUGAGGAUAAUGCCGAUAUGAAGCUGGACUUCACUUUUGAUGCUGAUUUGUCUCAACUCACUGAGGAUAAAUCCAAGGGUUCAUUAAUGCCCAGAUCGAUCCACAUCACUGGGGGGCACAGCACAAUAUCACCCUCCACCGCUGAACUCAAUCUCAAAAUUGCAUCGGUGAAAAAAGUUUGGGAAAAUGCACCGAUGCCCACAGUCGUUGAGCACGAGGAUGGAAGUGUUGUAUCCAAUGCCAACAGCUUUCCCCAGAGCUUUGAGACAGCUGAUGUUGAUGAUUCUUACAGUACCCAUCAGCAGUACAACCAGACGAGCAUGAAGAAUGAAAUUACAACGUCCACCAAUGUUUGCAAGCUGGUUCCCCCGCAGGUGAAACCGCAGCAACAAUCAUCUGGGGGAGGUGCUGCACAGGCGAGUUCUGCAGGACCAGGACCCAGUCCCAUUGGACCCGGCCAGAGUCCUAUUGGUCAUCCACCUGCUAGUAUUCAGGCACCGCUGAGUCCACCACCUUUUAAUUCCACUGGACAACCUUCACAUAUGAACUAUCAGGAAUUUCCACAGUAUCCGGGUUCCCAGGCAGCCCAAUACGGCAGUAUGUCAGCUAUUCCAUCACCUCCAGCUGUUCUCUUCAACACAGGAUCAGGCCAAUUGCCAGCCCAAGCUGGCGGCCUCUACGGUGCAUUCCAGUUAGACCAGAGUCGUUCUCCAUUCACUCAGUAUCCACCCUAUGCCCCAUCACUCCAGAGCUCCUUCAAUCAGCAGAAUGUGUACUUACAGCAAGCACCACCACCACCCCAUGCGCAAAAUCCACCAGCUCCUGACAUGUAUCAGAGCAAUCUCUCCCAGUAUCGCAUACCAGCAGCUGCUGCACCACCAUUUGGACAGAAUCAGCAGCUGAGCAACAAUCCCAAUACUGUUUUGAUAAGUUCCUCGUCUAAUUCACUAAUGUCUGCUAGUGUUAAACCGUCCUCACAGCCUAUCGGUGCUAUUGGCACCAAGGCACCACAUUUUCAGGCACAAUCAGCACCACAACCUAAUCAGCUGACUUACAUACCAUACGAUCCAAGUCAAGUACUCGGUGUUAGUGGAAAUUACAUGGGAAAUUCCCAGCUGGUUCAACGUCAAGGACCCAGUGUCCAACCAUCGGCAAACAGCUAUUAUAGCGCCACGUCCGCCGGUAAAACUAAUAUCUCUCUGUAUGUGUUCCCAGGAUCACAGACUGGUUUUUAUCAACCUGGGGGAGCUGGUCAGCAGACUGGGACACCAUACGGCCUCCAAGGAUUUGGACAGCACAGUCAGAGCUUGGCAACACCUGGCAAUGCAACGCCCGUUGGUCUUCAAAACUUUAGCUCACAAUUUCUCUCUGGAUCAGGACUUCAAAUAGCUGCUGCUGCUGCUGCCCAGCAGUUUCGUAAUCCCACUGGAGGUUUGCCAGGGCCAGCUAAUGCAGCAGCUACUUUUCUCAGCAAGCAUCAGCAACAGGAGCAACCCAGACAACUGAAGAGCCCCUCGGGAAAUCAACAGGAUGUUCUCGCUUCUGUCUUCAGUUCGACGCCCCAAAUACCAUCACCAAAAUCGAGAAAUUGUAAACAACAAUCUCAAUCUCAACAGCCGCAACCCAGUCCAACACAGCACCAUAAAUAUCCACCUUACCAAGGGGUCAGUCAGUCUGCUAUGGUAAGCAGCUAUAGUAACUAUUUGAUGCAACAGAAUGUUCGUGGAAUGGGAAUGCCCCCCAGGGGUGGAAUUCAACCGUCUCAGCAGCGCUAUCCACCCCCCAUUCAGAGGCCUGUGGUGCCAUUCCCACCAGGACCGAACCCCAAUAAUCCGAAUCAGCAGCAACAGAAUUGCAUGCCAAAUCAGCAGAAUCAGAUGAAUCGUCACAGACCAAAUAUUCAUCAGCAACAGCAGAGAAAUAUGAAGAUGCAACAGCAAUAUUAUACUGGACAAGCAAAUGUGAAAAUUGAUCAAUCCGAUAAAAAUGACUCUCACAACGAUAAAAUAUCAGAUCCUACUAGUGGAAAUCAGUCUGGAGGUGGUAAAUCCAGCGUAACCCAGCAGGAAAUCGACACUAAAGAAGAGGUGAACCAGCAAGCUGAUUAAAGAUUUGAAGAUAACGAAAAAAAUCACACCCAGAAGUUGUCCACUGGUAACACAACAUACCCGUACAAUGACCAAUUUCUAGUUAAAAAUAAUUUGUGUUGCACGUUGCUUUGUACGUCUGAAAGCGUUCUCUUAUUCUAGAUAAAGUAGUUUCAUGCAGAAACGUUGGAGGCGUGCAACAUUCUGCAACUUUGAGUUAAAAUAUUCGCCCUCGUAGGUGUAGAAUUCACGUAAAAAUGAAUGAAAUAAUUAAAGGAUUGAGUUUAAAGCCAACUGAUACGAUAUAUCGACGUUCUCCAGCUCAAGCGAAGACAUAAAAAUCGAUGAAUAAUAUUAACAACAUCGUGACACGAUUGUAAGGCAUUCGAGUGAACUAAAAAAAAUGCUGAAAUCGUUCACUCGUCCUUUGAGAUAGGGAAUUCGAUGAAAUUAAAAGCAGAAAAAAAAACACUGGACUGACAUUUUGAUACACGAAAAUAAUUUGUGUGCUCAUUCAGAGCGAACAACCACUGAAAACAAUGGUAAAUUAAUUAAUUCACAAUCGCUGUCAAAUAUAAACUGUACACCGCUUUAACGCAGCACUGAGGAGACUCAAAUCAAUUUUUUUCCAUUAAAUAAAAAAAUAGUCUCCUCGUGUACUAGUAAAUCCUCAAUUUGAAUUUAAUGAAAACUGAUUGUUUAUCGAGGACUAAUGAAAUUACGAUAAAACUCAAAGUAAGGAGGACGAUUGUAUAUUUCCCUGCUUUCAAUUGCAGUUGAAGCAUCAAUUAUAAACUUGGAUGAAACAAAUACAAUUGCUAUUCGAAGGGAUAGAUAAAAAUAAUGAUUACUGAUAAUAAUCUUAAUAAUAAUACUAUGAAAUAAUAAAUGCUAGUAUUUACAGAAAGAUACCGUCGUGUUGUUAGUUUCAUUGAGCGGAAGUUUAACAAAAAAAAAAAAGUAAAAAAUAAAUAAAUGGAUGGGGCGACACGAGUGUAGGAGAACGGGGGGGAUGAGGGUUUCAAAGGUAGAUUACCACUCAGGGCCAAGGAGAAGAAUAUUUGAGGUUUAUUAAAGAGAUAACAACCAUAAAUUUUCACUUCAUGCAACUGCCAGUCGUGUUCGCCGACAAUUGAACAUUUUUCACGUCAUCAACACGUAUUGCCCAGGGCGACAGGGGGGAGGGGGGGAUGUGAGUUUAAUUUUUAAAUUUUAGCCUGAGUGUGACAUUGCAUGUGGGGAUAACAGGAGAUGGGGAAACUCAAAAUUUAUUGUAAUACACGAUGUGAUCAGUCUGCUCGCCUAAGAAUUAUUUACGUUACUGUCUCAAUACAUUAAUGCUGGAAUGCUAAAAUUUGGUGAAUAAAUCUUGAUUGAGUAUGUGAAUUUUGAGUUCUUGGGUGGUGAGGAGUGAGGGGUAGAAGGGGUUUGAGGGAAUGAGUGCCUUGGAUGCCCUGACGCACAAAAUCCGAUUAUUCAAGUGGCCAGUCGGUUUUUUUUUCUUUUUCUUCGUGGAACCCCAAUUUUUUUCUCCCCAAAUUGACGAAUUUUAAUUUCACAGUUCUCUGUACACUGUAACAGGGACAAAGAAAAUUCUUUGUGCAAUCCUACUUGGGGUUUAGCCUGUUGGCCGCAUUGGAGAGGUUUUAGUUACGGUUUCUUUUUAUUUUUUAAAGACUGAAUUUCACAUGACUUCUACCACUGGAGGAAUUCCGCCCGAAUUAUUCGAUUGUAAGUUUGAAAUAAUUGCUGCAAAUAAUUAUUCCAUUUUCUUGAUUGAUUGGAGAUUUGAAGUUUUGUUUUUUGGUAGGGUAAUUCCUUGCUCUCUCACCCCGAGAAAAAACUGAGCCUCAAUUUUACUCUUUAGUGGCAUGACGACAGUAACUUAUACUAUAUCUGAUAACUAAAUUGUAAUAAAUAAUUCAAGGGUUUUUUUUUUGUUUCUUCUCCCCUCGAAUCGAUAAAUUUUAAGAAACGACACAUCCCUCUCAUAAAUUCCUCACCUAGAACGAGAAUCUUGUUAAUAAUGAAUUAUUGAGAUGGAGAAAAAAUGGAGAAUCGGUACAUUUUGAUUCUGUGUGCGUGGUAUUUCAUUUGUGUACUGUUUCAGUUUCUUGAGGGUUUUAAUAAAGUGAGGAUGAAGCCAAUUGCAUUGCGAAUUACGAUGAUUAUUUCGGGGACAGAGAAUCGAGGAAAAUUAUGGAAAGGACUUGAAAUUUAUUGAAUUUUUUCAUUCAAUUGAGGCAAAUGAUUUUCUACAACGAAGGGCUUUUAACUUUUUUAAAUUCCUAAUUUUCCUCGAGAGAUUGUGUCCAUACCUUCUUAAGACUGUCAAUCUCUUUGGCUGUUUUAAAUAAAGAAAAUAAUGAAAAGUAAUAAUAAAUUUUGAGAAGUAGUUAAUGUAUGUAUAAUGUACAGAAAAUAAAAUUUGGCACUUGUUAAUUAGUGUCCGACUUAUCAAACUGUAAUUCCUUACUUUUAGCUUUGUAACAUAGCAAAAAUGUUACACUAAUAAUAUUAAAAAGAAAAUAAUGAUAAUCGAAUUCGCAAUGCCACUUUAUGUGAAUCAAUGAAAAUGUGUUCCUGCGAGUGAGAUAUUGAAUUUAUUAUUUUUCCUCAUUGAUCAUGACAGUUAAAAGCAAGUUAAUGUAAAGGAAAUUCAGGAUUGAAAGUCACACUGGAACACCCGCAAAAUGAAACGCCAAUUACGGGUCUUUCUUAUGUUUGUAUUAACAAUCACUCCGAUGAUUUCUGUAUGGACGAAAAAAAAAUAAAAUAAAAUAAAAUAAAAACAAGGAUAUAAAUAUGCAAUGUAGAAAUCAACUAUUCAUAUGGCGUAUUGCAUAUAUUUGAAAAGUACAUGUUUGUGAAGUUGAGAGGAAGAUUGAAGACGAAAAUAACAAUUUGACGAUGAACUCGGACAUAAUGCGGAGGUAAUAAAAUUCAUUGCUAUACAGUC